AUGGAUCGCAUACCAGAACUUCUUGAAGCGGAAUGCUUUUACGUGCUCAGCGGUUUCACAGCAAUUGUCACGUAUAUCCUGAGUGGUCCACGAAUGCGCUUACUUCAGUCCAUGCUAGAAAUCUCUUCAAUGUUACCCCCAAAGUCGUAUAAAAAACUAUCCAGAUUUAUCUACGCCAAGGACAUCAUUGGACUCUUUUACUUAGCUGCACACGCGCCGACAUAUUUCUUCAUAAUGCAAAUGAAUAUCUUGAUCGUAGUGUAUAAUAUAUACAUCACCAUGAUGGUGUUUCAGAUGGACAUGUUGUAUAUAAAUUGCGUAUGUAUAUUGAAAGCUUGUUUCCAAAGAAUCAACGACAAUCUGAUACACAUGCAAGAAUUCGUGACGAAGAAUGAGAAACCUGUUCUUGGACUGAUGUAUCACGAGAAUAAAAAUUCUUUUGUACUGAUAAAGCUCAAUGCUCUAAAGAAACAACAUCUCAUGAUCAGCAACACAGUACAGAUGCUGAAUAUGACCUUCAGCUUGCAGCUCCUUGCUACGAUAGUCAUGACCUUUACCGAAAUAACGUACAACAUAUAUCUCUACGUACAAUGGUGGCAACAAAGAAGAACAUUGAGCAGUGCGGAAAUAACAUAUGUCAACUUGUUGGCGUUUCUAAUGGAUAUGCAGUAUGUAAAUUGUGUUUGUGUUAUAAAGACCUGUUUCAAGGAAAUCAACGAUAAUCUAGAGAAUCUGCGGGAACUCCUGACGUAUAAUAUACCCAGAUGGAUCUAUCACGAGCAAAGAUGUCCAUUCUUGCUGAUGAGACUCAAGACUCUGCAGAAACAGCAUUUGAUGAUCAGCGAAACAGUGCAGAGGCUGAACGUAAUUUUCAGCCUGCAUCUUCUCGCUACCAUAGUAUUAGUCUUCAAGCAGAUCACAUUUUUUGUUUAUUAUAAUAUAGUAAACUGGCAAGAUGGAACGAUAUUCUUCAAACUAAAUAUGAUUUAUCAUAUGCAUGUUAUAUCAUUCCUAAUAUAUUACUUUUUGAGAAUAAUAUUGAUAGUGUGGGCUUGCGAAACCGGUAAGAAUCAGGCGAUAAAAAUUGGCACUACUAUUCAUGAUGUGCUUAACAUCACCAAGGAUGAGCAAAUCAAAGAUGAGUUGAAACUGUUUUGCUUGCAAAUAAUGCAUUGUAAAAAUACAUUCUCCACGAAAGGCGUCACUGUGGGUGCGACGUUGCUCACUGAGAUCGUGAGUGGCAUUACGACGUAUAUACUAAUUUUAAUACAAUUUUUGAUCACGUCACAUUCUUGUGAUAGCAAAAGAAAUGCAUAA